GCGGGCUUCCGCCUGAGGCGGCGCGCGGCCCCCGGCGCCAUGGCGGAGCUGGCCGAGGCGCCUUCCGGCCCGACCCCCGCCCGGGCGUCCGGAGAAGGACGGGCACCGGCCCAGGGGGACGAGGGGGACGAGGGGGACGAGGGGGCCCGGGCCCGACUCUGCGACCGGUUCGUCGCCAUCGCGGGCUGCGAGCGGGAGGUCGCCCGGGCCGCCCUGGAGGGCCGCGCCUGGAGCCUCGACAGGGCCCUGGACGCCUACUUCGACGACCCCCCGAGCAGAGGCGGCGGCCCCGAGCCCCCCGUCGCCCCGCCGCCUUGCGUGGACCUGACUGACGACUCUCCCGCCGGGGCCUCCGGUUCCGCCGCCGCCGGUGAAGACGACGACGGUACCUUCAGUGUCGUUUCCUGGAAUGUCGACGGCCUCGACUUGAACGAUUUGUCAGAGAGGGCCAGGGCCGUGUGCUCCUAUUUAACUCUGUACAGUCCAACCGUGGUGUUCCUUCAGGAAGUUAUUCCCCCCUAUUACGACUACCUUAAGAAGAGAGCGACUGGUUACACGAUCGUUCCAGGUUGUGAAGACGGCUAUUUCACCGUCAUAAUGCUGAAGAAAUCGAGGGUCAAGUUGAUAAGCCAAGAAAUCACACCUUUCCCAGAAACCCAAAUGAUGAGAAACCUUCUGAGUGUGCAGGCGAAGAUCCUGGGCAACGAGCUCUGUCUCAUGACCUCCCACCUGGAGAGCACCAGAGAGUCCUCCGAGGAGCGAGUCAACCAGCUGAGGACCGUGGUGAAGAAGAUGCAGGAGACGCCCGAGGCGGCGACGGUCAUCUUCGGGGGCGACACCAACCUGAGGGACUCGGAGGUGUCGAAACUGGGCGGCCUGCCCGCCGACAUCCUGGAUAUCUGGGAAUUCCUGGGCGAGCCCGAGUCCUGCCGCUACACGUGGGACACCCAGGCCAACUGCAACCUGAGGGUCCGCUACAAGCGCAAGCUCCGUUUCGACCGCCUGUUUUUCCGGGCGGCGGCCCAGGGGGGCCGCGUCGUCCCCCGCAGCCUGGACCUGCUCGGGACGGAGAAACUGGACUGCGGCCGCUUCCCCAGCGACCACUGGGGCCUCCUCUGCCACUUCGACGUCGUCUCGUGAAGCGCCUCCCCCGCCCCGGGCCCCGUCCCUCCUCCCGGGACCUCGCCCUCCCACCUGCCCGGAGAGACGGGAGGGAGAGGGUUCCCUUCCCGCUCUCGCUCGCCGCCGCCGCCCACUCCUCUCUGGUCUCGAUUUUCCUCCCACCCAGCCCCACGGUCUCGAGGACGCGUUCCGGGCGGAUCUUCACGCCGGUUUCCCCUUCAGCGCGAAUCCGGACGGUCCCCCGAUUUCUUUUUAAGCGCGGUUCCCUUUUAAAUAAAAUCUCGCGGAGUCCGCC